AUGAGGAAGGCUAAUGCAACUAUUGAACUCUGGGUGUACAUCGUUCCCAUCGAUUGGAGCCUCAAUUUUGCUGAACCUGAAGUUGAUCCAGUGGACACAGCAGUGGGAAACUUAACAGCAAGGGGUUUUGUACCAGACAUCAAAGCAUAUGGCAAUACCACACGCUACGAGAAUGUGUUUUUGGCGGGCCACAGUGCAGGUGCCGUUCCUGUGCUGACUACGGAGUGGAAGAGCGCCAGAGGGGUGAUCAUGAUGGGUGCAUACAUGGUUCCCCUUCCAGGUCAGAUCUCCAGUUCUUCUCAGUUCCCACUUCCUAUUUUGCAGAUUCUGGGCGAGCUUGAUGGCCAGGUGAGAAUCACUCAGCUGGCAUAUGCUGCUACGGAGAUGGUGGAGGUCGCCCUGAGAACAGGGCUCAGGUACGCUGUUUCCAAGGCCCCGGUGGUCAUUGUGGAGGGAAUGAACCACAUACAGUUCUCGAACGCCAGUGCGAGGUUUCAAUUUGGGGACCUCGAGCCGGAGAUCGCCUUGGCAUCUGUGCUGGAAUCCGCGGCCACCUCCAUUGUGGCAUUCAUGGGCGUCAAUCUUGCAAAUGUGAGUGUAGAAGCUGGAGAGGUGCAUCGCCUGACCUUGGGGAAUGCCACGAAAGCUGCAGUGGACAUGCUGUCACCUUACGCCAUUGCUGUGGGGUACGGGAACUUGAGCGCUGCAUACGAGGUGGCCAUUUCUGGAGAUCGACAGGAAGGCAUUGCCCUGUCUGGCGGGUUGGUGAAUUAUGGAGUCUGGGGGGAACAAAUCGGAAACGACAUGGACGCCAGGAUGCAAGUUGCCCACCCCGGAGAAGCCAGAGUGGCUGAGGCGUUCUGUUCCAAGGCUCAGGGCGAGCUGCUCAGACCUUUGGAGGGAAUUGACGUGAAAGUAUUGGCGACGGUGCACACCACAUUGGAGUACUUCCAACGUAGUCGCCCUUCAUUCGAGAGACUCGCCGAUGGGGGUAUCCUGGUCACCCCUUCGUGCCUCAUUUAUCGCCGCAAUAUGGUCGAUGGGACUUCGCCCAUGGUGGGGAUUGCUUCUCAGUACUGGAUGAAGCUGGCGUCGUGCGAGUCGAUCGCAAGCCUGGUCCAAGUGUCUUCUAAUAUUUCAGAUCCCAUGCAGGCAUGUGCGGCGUCCAACUUCAGCGCGACGGGCCUCAACAACGCCGCCCUUGAAGAAGCUCUGCUGAGGUCCACGGGGCGGGCCAAGCAGAGGUUCGAGGCUCGAGGCCGCCCCGUCAAAUUUGUCCCUCAGGAGCAAUGCGGCGACGUGCCCUGUAGUGACGUGAAUCCCUUCGUCUGGGCUUCGACGCAACUGGCACUGUCGGUAGAGAUCGAUCCCAAGAAUGGAAGCGUGGCGGUGGUGAAGGUGCCGACGCUGAUUGUGGAGGAGGUGGUGCAUGUGAAGGCGUUUUCGGUCGGCCGGGCCAUGGAGUACAUCUUGGUCGACAGCCUCCAGUUUCCGGACCAGCUUGCUUGA